AUGAACGCCUCCGAUACUGUCGAUGUGGCUGAGAUUGCCAAAUCAAAAGCCGCCUCGCACGAUGUGUCCAUUAACGAGAAGGUCCCCACCGUCGAUGAAUUGACCAUCGACAGUGCUCCUCGCGGGGAGAUCACUUACGAUGAUGGUGAUGACUCGAUCAACAAAGCUGCCCCCACCACGGAUGAGCUGGCCAACCUCCGUCGCGUGUCCGGCAAGAUUCCCUGGGCCGCCUACACAAUCGCCUUCGUCGAGCUGUGUGAGCGAUUCUCGUACUACGGUACCACUGCAGUGUUCGUGAAUUUCAUCCAGCGACCCCUCCCCAAGGGAUCUACCACCGGUGCCCUGGUUGCCGGUAGCUCAGACUGGAGUAAUGGAACACCCGGUGCGCUGGGCAUGGGCCAGCAGGCCUCCACCGGUUUGACAUUGUUCAACUCUUUCUGGUCUUACAUUAUGCCCUUGGCUGGUGCUUGGGUGGCCGAUCAAUACUGGGGCCGUUUCCGCACCAUUUUCUCCUCGAUUGCCUGCGCGCUCGUCGGCCACAGUAUCUUGAUUGUUUCCGCUAUUCCCAAGGUCAUUGCCAGCCCCAACGGUUCAAUUGCUGCUUUCACGAUUGGACUGGUGAUUAUGGGUGUGGGAACAGGUGGUUUCAAGUCCAACAUUUCCCCCCUCAUUGCGGAACAAUAUCGCGAGACGAAGCCAUACGUUUCCACUCUUCCCAGUGGUGAGCGCGUCAUCGUUGAUCCCGCUGCCACUGUUGCGCGUAUCUACCUAUAUUUCUACCUGAUGAUCAACGUUGGCUCGCUCACCGGUCAGAUUGCGAUGGUCUACGCAGAACGCUAUGUCGGGUUCUGGCUGUCAUACCUGCUGCCCACUGCCAUGUUCUGCCUCUGCCCCACCGUUCUCUUCGUCUGCCGUGGAAAGUACUACUUGACUCCCCCUAGUGGUUCCAUUUACCCCAAGGCUUUCAAGCUCUGGAGCCUUGCUAUGAAGGGCCACUGGACUCUGAACCCUGUUAGAUGGUUCCGCAAGUCUGAGACUAACAUCUGGGAUAAUGUCAAGCCAAGUGUGCUCGGUGCCAGCAAGCCCGCCUGGAUGGACUUCGACGACGCUUGGGUUGACGAGGUCCGUCGCGGACUGCUCGCCUGCCGUGUCUUCUUGUGGUACCCUCUUUACUGGUUGGCCUACAACCAGAUGUUGAACAACCUGACCUCCCAGGCCGCCACAAUGAAGCUUGGCGGUGUCCCUAACGAUAUCAUCAACAACCUGAACCCGUUCGCCCUCAUCAUCUUCAUUCCCAUCUUCGACCAGAUUGUCUACCCCGGUCUUCGCAAGAUGGGUAUCAACUUCACCCCCCUCAAGCGUAUCACCGCCGGUUUCUGCAUGGCUGGAGCUGGUAUGAUCGUCGCUGCCGUGACCCAGCACUACAUCUACAAGCUUGGUCCUUGCGGUGACCAGGCAAACUACUGUCUCGAGGUCAAGGGUGAAUACACCAACAUCUCCGUGUGGAUCCAGGCCCUGACCUACAUCCUGGGUGGUAUCUCUGAGAUUCUCGCGUCCGUCACAUCCCUUGAGUACGCCUACACCAAGGCGCCCAAGAACAUGCGAUCGCUCGUGCAAGCUGUCGCCCUCUUCAUGAACGCCAUCUCCUCCGCAAUCGGACAGGCCUUCGUUGGUCUUUCCGUGGACCCCUUGCUCACCUGGAACUACACCUUGGUUGCACUGUUGGCGUUCAUUGGAGGUGCUGGCUUCUGGGCAACGAACUACAAGCUCGAUCGCGAGGAAGAUGCUAUGAACAUGCUUCCUGAUAGUCAGAUGAACAACCGCGAAGUCGUUGAUGAGGAGCGGAAAUAA